AUGAAUAUCUUUGUUAGUCCUAAUGUUGAUUCUCAAUCAAUAUUUUUAAAUUUCACAUUACCUCAAGAUCCAAGUCAACAAGUAUUUGAAUUACCAUUUGGAUUGGUUGAUGCUUAUUUCCAUCGUAUUUUACAACAAACCAUCGUUCAUGGUGUUUCUAUUGGUGCAUGUGUGGUCCUUAUCAUUACAUUAUUAAUCUUUCCUAAUAAACAUAAGAAUAAUCCUAUGUUUUAUAUGAAUUUAAUGUCUUUGAUUUGGAUGAUUAUUAGAGCUGGAUUGAAUAUCGCCUUUAUUUUAAGUCCUUUGAAUUCACCUAGUUUUUCAUUCACUGGUUUAUUAAAUCCUGAAACUUCUUCUUAUACAAUUUCAACCGUGGCUAAUUCUUCUGAAGUUAUUUUAGUGGUGUUUAUUUUAUUAUCAAUUAAUUAUCAAAUUUAUAUUAUUUUCAAAUCUCCUGAAGUUAAAAUCAUGAAAUUUAUCUCCAUUGCUAUUUCUGCUGGUUUAAGUUUAGCUACUAUCGGAUUAUAUAUGAAUUCAACCAUUAGAAAUAAUCAAAUGUAUCAUCAAAUCUUUACUGAUUCAAUCACUCUGGAAACGGUUAUUAAUGGUAUGCUUGUUAAUGAUUUACCUCGAAUUUUAUUUUAUACUGUUAUAAAUGUCACUUCAUUAAUCUUAGUAUUUAAAUUAGUCAUGGCUAUUAAAACAAGAAGAUACUUAGGUUUAAAACAAUUUGAUUCCUUCCAUGUAUUAUUAAUCAUGUCAUCGCAAACUUUAAUUAUUCCAACUAUUUUAGUCUUUGUUCAUUAUGGUUUAGGUGAAAGUUCAAGUUCAUUAUUAUUAUUAAUUGGAUUAUUAUUAGUGGUUUUAUCAUUACCUGUUACUUCAUUAUGGGCCAGUUCAGCUAAUAAUAAAUCAAAUUUACCAUUACAAUUACCUAAGGAUUCAUUAAGUUUCUUAGCUAGAUUCUCAACUAAUGGUUCAAGUUCUUCUUCCGAUAAUGAUAAUGAUACUAUGAUCGGAAGUACGGUUUAUUCCAUGUUCCCAGAGAAAUUAUCCAAAUAUCAUUCUGGUUCAUCUAAUGGUUCAUCUGAAACUCAAGUUGGUAUGACUCCAAAUUCCCAUACUACUGCAUUUAGAAAUCAAUUACCACCAGAAUUAGCUGAAAUUUUAAAUGAAAAUGAUGACGAUGAAAUCAGUUUCAGUAAUCAACAUCAAACUAUCAAUACUCCAGGUUCUCAAGAGUCAAGUGUAACUCACGAAGAACAAACUAGUAAUAUCGAUCAUUAUUUGAAUAAUAUUAGUGAUGAUGAAUUAAGAGCUGUUACAAAACAUAAUAUUAAUGUUUAG